CUUCGACCGGUACAACCGGCACUUGUACAUUUUCAAACUCUGUGCUUCGCCUGCCAAAUCUCUCCGAGAUCGAUCAGCCUGGCUACGCCACUCGACUUGUCCGUGGUUAUAUAAGCUAGGCUGGUAUCGAGCCUAGUAUACUUAACGCUUCGUCCCGUUGUCGUCCAUACCUCAGCGUUUUCUCAUCACUCGCUCAUAUUUUUCCGGUGCACAACCUCUAGAUGGAGUAUUCGUCUGACGAUAUCGCAGCAGCGACUAGCUUGCAGUUCACUUCGUACAUAUACGCGUCGAUGGCUACAUUCUGGAUCUAUGAUUAUGCAUGUUCACUCCAUGAAGAGUGGAUAUUUUUGCUUCGAUCGCGUUGGUGCAAGGUAAAAGGCCUGUAUAUUGUUACACGAUACCUCCCCUUUAUCCUUCUCACCACCAGUCUAUAUCUGACCUUUACCCCAAAUGGGAACCCAGGUAAAUGCCGAGUGUUUUGCAAUAUUGACUCAGGUCUUGGUAUGGUAUCAGUCAUUUUCUCCGAAUGUUUUUUUAUUCUCAGAACAUAUGCGCUCUGGAACAAUAAUAGAGUCUUGCUCGCAGCCACGGCGUCCACCUUGUUCGCUAUUGUCGUAGCAUCCUUCAGCAUUGUCUUUGCCAGUACCGUCCCCGCAGCAUAUUCGACUAGCGUGAUCCCGGGCAUCACAGGGUGCUACCAGAGUUCGACCAAUUUCACGUUCCUCAUACCAUUUCUUCUCAUUUCCGCGUACCAACUGGGACUCAUGAUGCUCACGCUCAUACGCGCCAUACAGAACUGGCGGAUAACCCGAAGUCGUCUGUACGUCGUCCUGCUGAACCAUGACAUUUCCUAUUAUGCAUGCGGUCUUCUGUUCUCGGUAACGAAUAUCUUCACACGGCCGCUCCUCCAGUACUCCUACCAAUCCAUGUUGCAUAAUUUCCAGUUCAUGAUCCUCGCAAUACUCGCCACGCGCAUGCACCUUCAUCUCUGGCAGGUGAACCGACAUCCACACCGCUCUGGCGCCCUUGUGCGUAUUCCAAUAUCCGAUAUGUCAUCUGUAAAUUCCACAGCGUGAUAUCUUAUCCUGUGGUGUCGUUCGUGGAGCGAGGCUUGGACUGUACGAGAUGACUGAUGGGAGUGGGUUUAGUAGAGAGAGAAUUUCUUUAUUGG